AUGCGCAGUUUACGCAAGCCAUGGCAUCCAGCGCUGUGUUUGGGCGUCCUAGCCUUCGGGCUCCAUCUCCUUUCCUGGGCCUUUGUGCCGCCCAGCGCCGUGAGGAGGAGACCUUCGCAUGUCCUCCGUCGCAGCCAAGGGGAGGAGGUCGAUCCAGUAGACACGGUGGAAGCCGAUGCAGACGAGGAGGACGAGGUCCUCUACUUCGGUGGCGUCUCGCAAGAGCGGGAAGAGCCUGAGGAGACAGAAGCCAUGCAGAUCGCCGGCAGGAUUAACCAG